CUUGUGCCAGAAAUCACUCAAACUCACCCACUGCAAAUCCUAAAUCACUCAUUGCAAGAUUACAACUCUUGGAGGGCGUGGCGUUGAUGUGGUCCGAGAUUAGGAACAGAGACUUUAUGGUGCAAAGGGCUUUGUACUAAUUUAGCUGGAGGUUGCCGCCGACGCUGAAAGAAUCGGAGGUGGAGUGUUUGAGAUUGGAGCGCAACCUACAAGUCUGGCACCGACAAGCAAUUGUAAGGUUACACUAUCAAAAUGGGUUCCAAUUUUAACAGGUUGUAUGCUGGGGUUGAUCGAAUUUGGUGCGUGGCGGGUCUCUCCAUUGACGAUGAUGUUGGGGUUGAUCAACGACGUCUCUUUCCAUUAACGGAUGCUACAAUUGUGAGAUGAACCAAAGAUUGCAGAAGAGGACUUGGGUCUUGAGUUUCGACAAAGAACAGUGAUGAUCUGGGGGUUGAUCGGAUUUGGUGCGUGUCUUCUCCAUUGACGGUGAUAUAGAGGAAGAACAAGGAAGAUGGAAAAGACGAUGAGGUUGAUGAAUGAGAGAGUCAGAGUCCAAUAGUUAAAUAAUUGAUUUUCUCACUAAUUCUUACGUCUUAUAUACGUUCAUAUAUAUGUGUGUGUAAAUCGAUUGCAGAUCACAACAACUGAGAACGAAUCGAUUACAGAGAAUGGAGUUGAUUUUUUUUUUUUCCUUGAGAAGAUACACUUAUUGUGGCGGAAGUAGUGGAGUGUGUCGCCGGAGAAUGGACACAUGGCGGGGUGAGAUUGGCUGAGGAGGAGGAGGUGGUGUGGUUCGGCGGGAGGCAGGGCAUCGUCUUUGUCCAUUGAUUUAAGAAAGCUCAAGAAAAUUGCAGAAGUUUCCUGAAGGUUAAACAUGGAAGCCUCUGCCAGUUCCAAGAUUCCAAUCGGUUAUAAGUUUCACCCCACCGACGAGGAAUUGAUUCACUAUCUUUCCUGCAAGGCCAAUGAAGAACCAUUGCCAUGCCAGGGUGUUGUGAAUGACGUAUUUGACCUCUACAGCAAAGAGCCGUCGGAACUUUUCGAGGGAUCGGAAGAGAAGAUUCUUUAUUUCUUCACCAAGUUGAAGAAGAAGCACGAAAAAGGCUCGAGGAUUAAUCGUGUGACAAGGAUUGGUAAUUGGAAGGGCCAAGACAAGGCUAAAGAUAUCAAAGAUGGUGGUACUGGUAAUGCAGAAGGAGAAGAAAGAGUGAUAGGAAUGAAGAGAAAUUUUACAUAUUAUGUCAAGUCUGAUCCUAAGAAGAGUGGAUGGAGCAUGACUGAAUAUAAUCUUGGCGGCACUAAUCUGAAAAGAGCAAAAAUCAAGGAUUAUGUAAUUUCCCAAAUUAAACGACAAAAACAGACAGAAAAAGAAAAAGAAGAUGCAAUGGAAGUGGCAGCAACAGGAAUGCAACCACCAGCAGAGGCUUGCAACGCGAUCAUCGAAGCCAUCAAACCCGAAGUAUCAGUAAUGCGACACAAAGUAACGGAACCAAUGGUCUUGCAACCAGAAGACUGCAACGAUUGGUUGAACGAUUUUGCCAAAACAAUUUCUCCAGAAUCAAGAAGAAAUACGAGAGAGUACUAAAACAGUGUUGCUGCCAAAUAUUUUUUGUGAUGAUAAUUGGUGCUUCAUUUAGGAUCAAAUCUACAAUAGUCUAGGAGUAUGUUGCCACCUCUCAAUUUCUCGUGGUACUGUAGACUUUUUUCUUGAUUUAGACUCUGAAUUGCACCCUCCUCUCACUUUUUAUGUAAAUAAUAACUUCACAUUAUGUGAAAUAAAAUUCAUCUGAAAAUUCAAUAUCA